GGGUUAGGGGUAGCUUGCCGACGGCAGAGCUGAUGUCGGUCGUUGCGGGGGGAUUGAUCUCCAACGAUUCCCAGCACGAGACAUGAGGGGAACUCAACUGGAGGGGAAAACAAAACAAACCAGGAGCUCCUUCUUUACACUUUUGACGUCUUUUCCUUCUUUGACUUGUAUCAUUCCCCUACUCCGUGCUUCCAGCUUCCCUCUAUGGUUUGCGCUCGGCGUCCACGAACUUGAUGCUGCCGAGAGGACUGCAGUUGUCGCAGUCCUUCAACCGGUCAUGCGUGAGACUGCCCAUUGCCCGAUCUGCGACCACCCCCUCCAUCGCCUUCUCCACGUCUGCGACCAAUUGCAAAAAGAGACCGCAUCACAAUCAAGAUGCGCAGUUUGACCGGGGAGCCAGGAAUGGGAAUGCGAAUGAGACCGCCAAAAGACAGACGUCCGCUCCUCUCACUCCGCGACAGGCCCGUUAUCUAGAUCAAACUGUCCGCUCUACGACAACAAACCCUGAGGGGCGACACCAAGAAAAUGCAACUCAGGCCCGUCCGCUAAUACGAACUGUUUCCUUCUCACCAAAAAAGACCCGUCCGCUAGUACUAUAUCAUGAUGUGGUGCACCAGGAAAGGAAGCGAAAAGAAGAGAAUGAACUACAAGCUCCCUUGAGAAAACAAGAGUCCGAGCAACAACUCCGGUCGAUUGCUCGGACCGCUCGCUCCUCACUAGAAAGUGACAACGUCUCGAAAGAUCGACCUGAGCUAAAGGCCCGUCCGGCAGUACGAAUUAUUCGUCACCUAGCCAGAGACCCCAACGAGAAGACAGACAAACAACCUGGGUUACAGGCCCGUCCGCGAGCACGAAAUGCAAAAACCCCCGACAAGAAAAGAGGAGGAUAUGAGCUACAGGUCCCUCCAGCAGCUCGAUCUGUUAAUUGGCGAAAAGAAGACUUCCUUGGUGGAAGCACUGCAGAUUCUCGGUUAGAUUCUGUGCCAGUCAAACAGCCAACAUGGGCUACCUCUCCGUUGGAAAAACCCAAGCGGAAAAGGAGUAGCGCCGAAGCCUCUGGAGCCAGAAAGGAUACAGAGACCGGCUUGGAAGAGGUAUUUCCUUCGCAAAGCGAGCUUCAAGCGUGGUUCAAAGAAUUCACGUCCGAGCGAUCCAAUUUCGAAGCCACCGCUCAGUCAGUACCACUGGAGCUUCUCCAAAUGCGCGUUAAGAAAUCCUUUGAACAUGACAAGGUGGAGAGCGAGGAGGAGAUGAGGAGACUCGAGGGAACGGGGUUUUCAGGGCCUACAAAGAUGGACCCCCGUCAUGGCACUGUCGGGCCCAUCACUUUUCGUCAACCUAGGGACGAGUUCGACACUCUGGUGUCCUCAGUCGACAUGGAGGAGAAACCAGCAGUCGAGCAGAGCGACGAAGACGGCGGGCCAGCAAUCAUUGUGCUUGACUGUGUCUCCCGGUCCCUUCUAGAGUCCGACUUUCGCCACAUUGCCGGUCAUGGCCAGCAUGUGGACGGGUGGACUUACGGCCUUGUCAAGGUUGUCCAAUCCCGAUCCCGAACUACACAUGAACCACAAGGCUGUUAUUUCCUCUUCUUUGACAAUGAGUCCAAUGCUCGAACAUACAUAGAUGUUCUGAAACGUUUGCAUAAUAAGUCACGCCAGGGUUUGCCAAAAGAAUGGCGACAGACGACCACGGACACGCCGACACCGGUUCAAUCUGCUGGGGAGCCAGAAGGCUCAGAAGAUGUGGAAGAAAGCGCCGACGAGCUUCCGGACGUGGAUGAACAACAGGGGGAUGGCCUCGGCAAACGCAGUGAAUAUGCCGCCACCACUUCUAUCCCAGACGAUGACGACCUGGACGCUGCUCGCUACACGUUACUGCCCCCUACAGCGCCCCUGCAUUACCAAAUCUUCACCAGAAACAACAUCCUCGAAUUCGAGAACAUACGGGAGGCAAGUAAGGGCCUGCGGCCUCAGCAGCUUCUCUCACAACCAAAAUCCAAGCGUAGCGGAGCAGGUUCCUUCAUAUCCCCGCCUCCCAAGGACCUCAUCAACUACGCCCAAGACCCACAAAUAGAGCAUAGCAGAAACAGCGCCCUAGUGCACCUCGUCGGCACCAAAAUGACCAUCCGGGCCUUGCGCACCGCCAUUGAAAUCGACUCCGAGGCGCGCAACUAUCCGUGGCAAUUGCUUCAAGAGGAGGAGCCAGCGGCGACGACGUCUACAACAAGGAAGACGACAGAGCAGCAAGGAAAGGAUGAAGAGGAUGCAGCAAUCAAGCCCAUCUUAUCCACGCUCUCCACCAUCAAGUUCAGCAAGUUCAACGAGUACAGAAUCGAGCACGAGCUGGAUGAGUUCUCGGGCGGUCAGAUGGAUGAAGGGGAAAUGCGCGGGUUUUCACGGUUCGUGGUCUCGUUUGCGGACGUGAGUGAGGCUAGGAGGUUUGUCAGGACGUGGCACAAGAGGGAGAUGCUGGAUCCGAGGACUGAGAGGAUGGUGCUUGUUAAUGUCACGUCUCUUUGGUAGGGCAAUUUUCAAGUAUUAAUGUGGAAUGCAGUUAGGCGCGUGGGUGUAGAUCACGUUGUUUGUAUAUGGAGGGAUUUGUAUAGGGGUAUGAAUGGGUUCAGUGUACUAUUCCAUGUAUAUUAUU